UUGGUGUCCGCAAGUGGGUUGGUUUCACAGAUGGGCCUGGUGCUAUUCACCAUGUAGCCAAGAGCAGGAGCCCCUUCCAAGGUGGGUAAGUGAGAAAAGUGAGAGAGAGAGCCUGGGUGGGUUGAGCGCCCGAUUGUGAUGAAGCAUGGAAGAUCUGAACCGUCCUACCUGUUCAGCCCCAAAUAGUAUUCAGUGGGUCUCAAACAGAAUUUGAUGUGAUAUGUGGGGAAUUUUUCACUACCUGCCGCUCAUGCCAAUCCCAUCCUUCGCCAUCUCCACAACGCCAAGUCACCAAAAGCGUAUGUUGCACCAAUCUUCUGGUGCUUGGUAUUAUUGGGUGCGUAGAAUCGGGAAAACAGGAAUUGAACUUUGUUUUCAAAUUAAAAAGUGAGCAGGAAAUAUGCCGCGGAGGCAAACGUUGAAGGGGAACAUCACAUUGACUUGAGCAUAUUGGACCAUAGAUGGCAGACAAGAAAGGGACUGGUGCAACGAUCAGAGAGAUCGAGGUGAAGAGGGCAGUGGCAAAUGGGGUUGCAAGCAAGGAGGCUGAGGUAAAAAAAGUGGUGCCUAAUGGACCCACCAGUAAGCAGGCCUUCCGGAAGGUAGAGGAGGAGCAAAGAGCGAGGCUGGCCAAGCAGAGGAAGGCAGAGGAGGAGUGGUUGCUGAAACUCAUCCAAAAGGAGGACAAUCGAAGAAAACGUAUCCAGAAAGCCUUGACGAAGGAAGAGGAGGAAGAUCAGAAGACGGCUCAGCGCGCAUGCGCUACCAGCAGGAGUGCAGAUGACUCACGGCGCAAUCUCUUCAAAAACUUGGAAGAAGACCAGCGCGACAUGCAUGCUGGACAGAUUAGUACACAAACGAAGCCUGUCAAGGCGGUGCAAAUAACAGGUAGCACGCUGGACAGAAUCACUGAAGAAACUGAGAGCGCAAGCUCAAGAAGACAAGAUUGAGGAUGUCAGAACCGGAAGUCGACAGAAUGCUAAUCGUUGGGUUGGCAACUCAAGAUGUGCUCUCGUAACUCAGAGACUCCUGAAACGGAUUGAGAUCCAAAUGGAGCAUCAUCCACCUUCAAUACUUCAUAUCAUUAUCAGUAACCAACGUUGUUGCAGCCCUUCAAAGACUUUACCACUCGGGAUCUUCUCAGCUUUUGAUGGCUGUUAUCUGAACUAAUCAGUCACCUUGCCAUUGAUGGUGUGUGAAUUGGAAACAUGGUCAAGCUCAUGUUCCAUUGUUUGAGAUCGACCGUUGCACAAUUUUACUUAUUUUGGGUACCACAGUGCUCGAUGAGAGCUUCGACUUCCAAGGGACGGGAGUUACUGUCAUGCACUUCCGUUGAAGUGGAUAAAUGGGACUUCAAAAUGGGGUUCAAAAUUGGGUUGAUGGCUUGUAGUGUUUACAUAAAAGAUUGAUAAAAUGCAUGUUUAUGAAGACUUUUAAAGAAUGAUUUGGAAACAUUGGUAAAAAAAUUUGGGUUGCCACAUGUAGUGUUGACCAGUAAUAAUAAUGUGACUUGAUAUUUUUCAGUGUUGAAUUUUUUGAAGUGGCAUUAUUUUUUUCAUUUCUGAUUGAUAUUGCUAUGUUUUGUUGGACUAUGCUAUUUAAUUUUUUAAAAAUAGAAAAAAUAUUCAAUCCUUUGGAAACCUUAUUCUUUUUGGAUAUAAUGUAAAGUGAGAAGAGGUUAUGAAAUAGACAAAAUCAUCCUUUUUUUUA